AUGAGAUAUAGACUUUUUCCCCCCUUGACAUUUUUAAGUUAUUUAAGAAAAAUUCAUGUUUAUUAUUCCCCAGUAAGAAGCGAAAAAGCAGACGUUGCAAGAAGACUAAUUAUAUUUGCAUCUUCACAAAAAAUAAAACAAAAGUUUCCCCUAUUAAGUGUAUCAUGGGAAUUACUAGCAUAUGAAAACCCUCCCAUGGUAGAAGUGGAAUACUUAAAUGGAGAAAGAGAAAAGAUAAAUAUAGAAUAUUUCAGCGACAAGCAAAAGAAAGAGAUAAUUGACAAGUGGAAAUACACAGCAUCACUUGACCCCUUUCCCGAAGUUCUUGCACCUACCAUGAAAAAACCAAAAGAUGGUUUUUAG